UCUUUAUAUACUAUAAUCUAUAAUGCAUUUGAUGUUAAAAUCAAGUAAAUUGGCAAAGGAAGUCUCUUUGCCCCACCCCCUUUCUCGUGUCACUCAAGACUAAAGUACGGAAGUUGAGUAGGCUACAGCGAAUGUCAACAAAAAAACGAUACGACGACGUUCUCUGUUCCAAGUCAACGAAGAGGACGCUCUUCACGGUGGUCUGGUGGAGGACCAGUCCAGUCCUCCGUUUUGGACCAUCGAAACAACAGUUCUUCGUUAUUUCCUUUAUGUGUGUCUUGGCGACAUGUCUGUCUCGAUCAAUUUGUGGGUUCUCAACUUGUUAUGUUGGACAGUUUCAAGUAAUCUGGACCUUGCAGCCAGUUCUGUUCAUUUUGAGAGGUCACUGAAAGUUCUUCAUGACAGACAAGGGGAAAUUCGCAGCACAACUCACCACACGUGGCCCCUCCGGUCAAUCAACUAUAGCUGGAUGAUCGUGGCAGCCAUAGGGGAACCUGUGAUCAUAAGCUUCUCACAUUUUUCUAUCAAAUGUGGGCAAGACUGGAUCACCAUAACCUCCUCCACCAACAAACCCUUCUCUCUGUGCGGCCUGCAAAAACCUGGACCAAUCGAAUUAACUGGGGGAAACGUUACUGUGACUCACCACUUCCUCCCACGCUACAAUCAACAAUCAUGGUUUCACCUGUCCUACAUUAAAGGUUCUGCGCCCUGUGCCUCCGAAGAGUUCAGGUGCCUGACAGGGCAUUGUGUGCCUGUGGCUUGGCGCUGUAAUGGCCAGAGUGAAUGUUUGGGCGAGGAGAGUUCCUUGGGCUCGGACGAGCAGGGCUGUGACGACGAGGAGUACUAUGACAACGUAGAUGAGGGUGUCCUCACGACGAGGACAAGCAAGAUGACCACCACCACCUCUUCCCCCACUGCCUCCAUGACGGACGAAUGGUGGCAGGUCCGAAAGACCCCUGGCGUGAUGCCUGGACCACACAACGGCACGUGCGGCGGAGUUCUGCACAGCUUCUAUGGCUCGUUUUGGCCGGCAGCAUGGAUGGUGCCCCCCCAGGAGUGUGUGUGGACGGUGGAUCCCCAGGACCCUCGCCCCCUGCGUCUCCAGUUGCAGAUGUUGGAGCUGGGACCAGGAGACACGAUCAACAUCACUGACCAGGGACAUGGGACAGGCCACGUCAUCAAAACGAUCACCUGUGUGUCCAACUUCAAAUUGUUGGAGGUGGAGUCCCACAGCGGCGUCCUCUCCCUGAUCUACCACACAGUGCCCGCCUCUGAGGGGCGGGGCUUCAACGCCACCUACCGCAUCGCGGGCUACUGCCUGCCGUGGGAGGGCGUGUGUGGGGGCUCGGAGGGUGGCUGCUACACACAGAAGCAGCGGUGCGAUGGGCACUGGGACUGCGCCGCCACCGGCCGCGACGAGGAGGGCUGCAUGGGCUGCCCGCGAGGUCACUUCCCCUGCGGCGGGGCGCCGGGGAUGCCCCACAGCUCGGGCCACUACGGACGGCCGGUCUGCUUCACCCUCAAGGACCGCUGCAACUACCAGCUGAACUGCGUGGACGGCAGCGACGAGAGGGAGUGCACCAUCUGCCAGCUUGGCACCUUCCACUGCGACACGGACAGGUGUGUGGUGGAGAGCUGGCGCUGUGAUGGCCAGGCGGACUGCAAGGAUGGCACCGAUGAGAUGAACUGCCCUCUGACCUUGCCCCGAAAGGUCAUUACGGCCGCCACAGUGGGCAGCCUGGUGUGUGGGCUGCUCCUCGUCAUCGCUAUGGGUUGCACGUGCAAGCUUUACUCGCUACGCACUCGGGAGUACAGUAUGUUUGCUCCAAUCAGCCGACAAGAGGCCGAGUUUAUCCAGCAACAGGCCCCUCCCUCUUAUGGUCAGCUGAUCGCCCAAGGGAUCAUUCCGCCAGUGGAGGACUUCCCCACCGAGAAUCCGAAUGAGACGACCUCGCUGUCUCUCCGAAGCAUCCUCCAGCUUCUCCGUCAGGACAACAGCUCCUCGCCCCGCCGUCGCCGUCGUCCCCGAUUUGUCCGGCGGGCCAUCCGUCGCCUGCGGAGGUGGGGGCUCAUGCCCAGGCCGACCCCCAGGCCCUCCCAGAACGCCGGCUCCUCGUCCACCAACCCCACAGAGGCCCCAGCCGCGGCUGGCUCCGAGGCUUCCACCCAGGCCAACCCAGGAGGCUCGGCUGUGGCCAGAGAGAGCACCAACCAGCCACUGCCCCAGAAGGCUGGCCUGGUCGUGUCGCAGAGUGACCAACAGCAGCAGCUGCAGCAGCAGGCACUUCCACAGACGCCCCAGCAGACAGCCCAGGUCCCAGUCCCUCUUCCAGCGUCCACCUCCGCCCCGGCCGCGGUCCCUGAGCCGUCCCGCAGUGUUCCGCCGGUCAUCGCGCCCCCCAGCAGCCCCUCCCUGCGGUCCAUCUUCCACUCUCUGGGGUUUAACAUCUCUCUGUUCAGGCCCAGCCCAGCCCCCUCGCCCCCCUCCCUCCCCCUCUCGGCAUCCCCCUCCUUCUCCUCUUACUUGGAGGACGAGGUGCUGCUCAUCCCGAUGUCUGAGGAUGCCAACUCAGACGAUGACGUGCCAAUGCUCACCUGAACCCUCUCUCCUGACCCCCCCCCCCCCGCUCUCACAUCACCAUCCCCCUAAAUUAUGAGUCCCAGCACUGCGGGGUACCAUAAUGCACUCCUGCGCUGGCCUUGUGCCUUCCUUCCUGUGUACUGAUGAUUUUGCGAUAUUGCAUAGGAUUUUAUUGAUAAGAAAAAAAAGUGUCGUGUAUGUGUACAUAAGUGUGCACGUGAGGUGAAGUGGGCUGCAUAUGUGUUUUUAAAACAAACGUUAUGAGCAAAGCAGAUCAACUUUGCACAGAGGAUCAGACGAUCUGCCUCCCUGGAACGAGUGUUUUAUUUCCUGACUUUUGCUACUGAUGUAAGAGGUGAUUUAAUGAUAGGGUUUCCUCACAAUGUAUUUUUAAGCUUAUGAAAGAUGAUUUUGUGUCUGUAUGUGUGUGUGAAAGAGAGAGAGGAUCACAUUUAUGCUGGCCUCCCAAAAACAGUAUCCAGUUAUCAAUGACGCAUAGUCACUUAAGUGCCUUUUAAUCAGCCUCUCACAGGAUUUCACAAAUCACCCAUGAGAUUAUGUGGACUAAGACACAACAUGUUUACUAACACAUGCACAAAUCUUUCCCGUUAUCAAUGAAUUACCCCCUACCCAACCCCACUCCCCUUCACAUACAGACGGAAUGGAAGAAGGAGCACGCUUUGGUUGUUGUAAAGUUGUAAUAUUCACCCAUUAACGCUGAAGAGGCACGCUAGCUGUAUAAACUUGUGGACUUGGCUAUUUAGCUUCCUUAGUAGAGCACUUUACGUCCAACUGCAAUGCAAACCACCCCACAUAAAGUCUGCAUGUAAGUAUCGGCAGGCUGGAAGUUCUUUUUUGGAGCCAGUCAAAAAAUGCAUUCUGUCUCACCACUUGUAUAUCGGCCUGCAGAUAAGUGUGUUUGUGUGUGAAAAAGUUACUUGUGUGUAGGAAGAAAUGUGACCUUGCUGAAAAGAUACUUCCUUAAUUAUUAGUAGUGGGCUUAGUCUGACGAGGGAUGAGUUACCAACAUCCCCAUAUCAGUCAUUCCCUUGCCAUGCCAAUCAUUUUGUACAAUCAUUCUGAAGCAAAUGACGUACAGUGAAGGAAUGAGAUGAAACUAGAUAGUGCCAUACUUAUCUUUAAAAAACAAGUUGCAAACUGUUUUCUUGUUAAGACUUUCUAGUUCUAUGUUUUCAAACCUGGUGUAUUAACUUCUUUUUCAUUGAAUGUACAUUAUUUUUAGUGGUUGGAUUGAUUGUAAAUGCCAUAAAUGGGGGGAGUAAAAAAUAUACAUUUAUGUGGAUGAGGCAUGUGCUAAAACUCCGCAACUUCCACUGAUAAAGAUGAUUUGCACUUUUAAA